ACUUACAUGCACAAAGGUCCCCAGUUUUAGAAGUCUCAUAGUAGAUCGAAAGCUGUAAAUUAAUCAACCACACUGGCUACAGCAGUCUCAUUCACGACGUUCUCUUUAGUGAUGUCCAAGCCCUAAAAUCUCUCCGAUGUAUCCCUGUUUGUUUAAACUCCACACGAUAAUACACACACAUACACAUAUAUAUUGACAACAUAUCGUUACAUUUCUUGUCUGUUAAUCUUGUCAAAACUUUUAUGAUUAAUGAGCCCUGCUAAAAUACGCAGUUAACCAUAUUGUGGAUGUGCGUUUAACAGGCAUUUAAGGCCUCAGGCUCAUAUCACCCAAAGCUCUUUAUUCAUAUGACCAUUGUCUAAAUGGAGACUGUACUUAUCCACCCACACCUAAAAGCACUCAAGCACAUGGCAAACGGACAGAUUUUGAUUAUAUACUCUGUUAACGCGCGAAUUCUGUGAUCUUGAAUAUUUGAUCAAUAUAGAAAAUAAUGCUUUCUUUUGCCACCAGGCCCCGUAUUUCCAUUGGUUGCGACUAGUCAUGUGACCAGGAAUUGGCUGCAAAUUCGCCCAUAGUCCUCAGUUUAGUAGACCCUGGUCCCCAUACGCUAGUAAUAUCACCAAUUAUUAAAGCCCGCAAAAACAGUCGUGGUGGGAGCGCAAAAUAAAACCGCGCCUUUUGGAUGUUAUUUUUGUGCAUUUUUUAUGUCGCUGGCCGCCCAUUUUGCUUAGGCAAAGCGAUGAAUUUUGAAUUUGAGAGGGAGAUUGGGUUCAUCAACAGCCAGCCUUCCCUUGCUGAGUGCCUGACGUCUUUCCCCGCUGUCCUGGAGUCAUUUCAAACUUCAUCAAUCAAGGACUCGACAGUAAUUCCACCUCCUUUCGAGCACACUAUCCCCAGCCUGAGCCCUUGCACAGGCAACCAGGCGCGACCGAGGAGCCAUAAGCGAACCGCCUCUAAUGGCCUCCAGCUCCGGACGCAAACCACACUACCAACGCAGCAGAAGCAGGGCCCGGCUCCAGCCACGGCUGGCGGCCCCCUUGCCCACGAGUUCCCAUGGAUGAAGGAAAAGAAGUCGUCGAAGAAAUGCCCAAAGCCUGGAGCAGCACCCACUGCAGCCACUGCAGCUGCCUCUCCCUCUCCAGCAUCCUCUGGUUUCACCACCGCAGGACUCGAGUCCCCCACAGAAGUGCAAGUCGGGUUGGACAAUGGCAACGGUUCUCGGCGUCUGAGGACAGCCUACACCAACACACAGCUACUCGAACUGGAGAAGGAGUUCCAUUUCAACAAAUAUCUCUGUCGACCCAGAAGGGUCGAAAUUGCAGCCCUUUUGGAUCUAACCGAGCGCCAGGUCAAAGUCUGGUUCCAAAAUCGGCGCAUGAAGCACAAGCGACAAACCACGCACCACCGAGACGGACAAGAAGGCGAGUCGAGCGGUUUCGAGCCACUCGAAGGCUCAGAUGCAGCCUCACCUUUCCCGAACCCGCCACCGGAGCCGUCCGGUCCGACAACAUCCAGUUCUAGUUCGGCUAGUGCAUCCGAGAGUGAGCCGUGCCUUUCGGCUUCCUGCUACAGCAACAGUGCUGACAAUACCCAGCCCACGCCUGAGGAAAGCCAGCCAGUACAGACAGAGUCGGCAGAUGGUCCUGAAACAGCCGUUCACUCGCCCCCGUACCCGACACCCACUACCGAUAACCCCGGUACAAUGCCGGAGUCGCGUGAGGAAUUGUCAGAGAACGCCUUCACACAGCCGCAGGACGCCAACUCACUAGCGGAUCUCAAUUUCUUUUCCGCCGACUCCUGCCUACAGAUUUCGGACGCUUUAUCGCCCAGUCUACAAAGUUCUCUGGAUAGCCCCGUGGACUUCUCCGAAGAGGAUUUUGACUUGUUUACAAGUACUCUUUGUACAAUAGAUUUACAACAUUUACAGUUUUGACAGACUUAAAACAACAAUCGAAAUGCAUCGCACAUCACACUAGCCUAUUAUAAAUGCUUUUAACCACAACAUUUUCGGAAGAGAAAAGGAGAAUAUUUUUAGGUUAUAUUCACACACACACACACACACACACACACACACACACACACACACACACAGCUGCGAGACAGAGCUGUAGAGAAUAAUAAAUCAUUACAGUAUUACGAUGUUGUUUAAGCGAAUCCACACCGGGAUUGCUAAUGUCCAGUUUCAGGUAUUUUCUCUUUUGUUUAUCUGGAAUUUACUUCAUCCUGAAUUAUGGAUAAAUAUGCGGGGACUUUUUUUUUUCCUUUUUCCAGUGAAACUCAAUCGUUGAAUUCUCAGGAAAGUCAAACAUAAUGUUAGCUGAAUUGAUUUUAGAAUUUUUUUUCCAGAGACGGGCGUUGUGCCUGCUGAUGAAUUUUAGAACUAGUUUAUUUAUUGAGAUUCUUUAAUAGUAAAUUACAAAUUAUUUA